GCCUUGAGGAAGCCAUCUUAGUUGAGGCACGCGUGUCUGAAAGCCGGAGGCAUCAUUGGCUGUGGCCCCGCCGGAAGGGCAUUGUGGUACACGUCCGGUUGUAUGUGCCUUUUUAUGUUGCUUUCUGCUAGCAGGUGGCAUGGAUUAUCCUUGCCAGGAGCUGUAUGAGGGUGACAGAAGUUCCUUGGCAUGCAUGUUGAGCUUGGCAGAGGCUCAACAAAAAUUGAAUAGUUUGGCACUUCAUAAUUCAGAGUCCAUAGAUCAAGAACAUGCCAAGGCCCGAGCCGAGGUGUCAGAACUGCAGCGUAGCGAGGAGGAAUGGAGACGGAAAGAAGCUGCUUUGCCACUGGGGGAGAACGGGGGAAUGUCUUCUUCGGAUGCCUUUAGUCAAGAUGUUUUUAAUAAGAGCUUUAUCAAUCAGGGUAAAAGAGAGCAGGAAGAUGAACCAUUGUCUUUUAUACAGAGAUACGAAGGAAAAAUUCGACAUUUUGGUAUGCUCAGCAGGUGGAACGACAGCCAGUGUUUCCUGUCUGAAUACCCUGACCUUGUCUGUGAAGAAACUGCUAGAUACCUACAACUGUGGUGUUACCAUCUAGAAAGUGAGCAGAAAAAGGCACUUAUGGAACAAGUAGCCCAUCAAGCAGUUGUCAUGCAGUUUAUUAUUGAAAUGGCAAAGAGCAGUAAUGUGGAUCCUAGAGGAUGUUUUCGGUUAUUUUUUCAAAAGGCCAAAGCAGAGGAACAAGGGUAUUUUGAAGCUUUUAAAACUGAACUUGAAGCAUUUAAAUUAAGAGUUCGAAUGCACACAGAAUCUUCUAGAUGUUCGGCGGCAAUGGUGCAGAAUGUAUCUUUUUUAUCAGACUAUGGAAAUGUAAGAACACAGUGUUUUAACCAACAGGAUAUUCCACAGUGUCAUCUGAAUACUGGUACGGAUCAUGUAAACCUUAUGGAGCAGGUCGGAGAAGAGGACACAAAGAUGAUGGAUAUGCUAUAAUAUCUUCUUUGGACAAUGCUACAUGGACUCGUGUUCUUAUCAGUGACGGUUAUAAUACAGAAUGCUGCACUUUAUUUAUUGAUUUUUUUUUUUUCAUUUUACUUCCAAUGGGCAAAAUCCUGAGAACAGAUUGUGGUGUCUCUGCGUAAACCAAAUGCUGCUAUUUUACCAUGUCAGGCAAAAUAAUGGAAUUUAAUGCAGUGCUUCUGCCAAUAGUAGAUUCGCCUUCAAGCUCCCCUAUGGUUUUUAUGAGGACAAGUAUUAACUUGAAUAAAGAGCUAAUUACCUAUUGACAGUAUUUUGUGCAGAUCUGGAAUGCUUAUUUUUAUUCCAUCAUGAAUAUGAUCGUUUUUUACGACUGGAUCCAUGACUUUACAAAGGCGGGGACAAGAAAAAAUACAUAUUUUCUCAUCCGUUCAUUGGGGAACAUAGGCUUGACCAUGGGUAUAGCUGUUGCCACUAGGAGGCGGACACUAAGCACAAAAGUGUGAGCUCCUCCCUUUAGCUAUACCCUUCAUACAGGAACUAAGCUAAAUCAGUUUAAGCUUAGUGUCUGUAGGAGGCAGACCUCCCUGCUUUCCAGGUCUGCUAAUUUUCUUCCAUUUAUUUUUAUUCUUUUUUUCUUGUCUUCUAGCGGUAUUUUAGUCAGUCCUAGCUGCCUGCACUUCCCACCCAGGAGACGGGAGACCAGGGGGUCCGCAAGCCCGCUGCUCCUUCCCAGUCUCUAGAUGUCAAGGAGGACAAGAGAUUCCUAAAGCCUCUGCAUCCCGCCAGCCUUCGGAUCACCGCGGCCGUCCACUACAAGUCCCCUCUGUUCCGGUGUAGCAGCCCUCCUCAAGGGGCCGCACACCGAAGGUGGUGAUCCAGCUGGAGCCAGGGGGGCAGAAGACACCGGACGCGUGAGUAUUUCUGGCCCCCAGAGUGCUCCCCUCCUUCCUCCCCCUUCUCAGGUUACCUUGAGCAAUUCCCCCACGGAGGCCUUGUUCCCUCCAUGCGCCUUUUUCCUGUCGGGAGAAGCCUCCGGUGCACAAUGCCCCCUCUCCUCAGGGCCCUUCCUCCUUCUCGGGGUUUCUGGUCCCGUGCUCCGCGGGGGCCGCUGCUAAUCUAGACCCCGGCUUCUCUGCGGCCUACUCCCGCAUCGGCUCGCCGCGGGUUUAGCAACAGCUCUGUUAUCCCGGAGGGGGGGGGGCCUUGGCCUCUUUAGCAGGGUCGGUCCUGCGCUUCCAUGCAGUUUCUCCAGGGACCGACUCCAUUUUGGGGCCGUGCAUGAAGUUCUCCCCGCUUCCCCUCCUUCAGCUGUAUCCUGGGGAGAAUAUUGGCACCUUUUCUGCCUCCGCACACAUCCUGAUUCAAAUGCACCUCUGCGGGACUCUGGCUCAAGGCACCUCCGGACAAGCUGCAUUGAGGGACACAGGCCGGGUAAGCUCUGUCUCCCCUUCCUACGGGGUUUAACCUACACCCCUCAUCCUCCUACCUGUCACUACAGGGUACUCAUUAUGUCCAGGCCCCAAAGCAGGUGGUCACUUCUGUGCGCCAUUUUGCUUGUGCUUCUUGUCGCUCAAAAUUUCCAUCCGGUCAGUUAGAUCCCCUCUGCUCUUCGUGCUCUGCUCCAACGCCAAGUGGCUCUGCCCCUGACCCAGUCGCCCCUACUGCCCAGCCUAUGGUAGAGCCGGAGUGGGCACGCUCCCUGUCAAAGAUGGUACAGGACGUCUCCCAUACCAACAAAGUCGUUGUGGAAAUACUGGGGCGUUUGUCCGCAAGGCCGUCCUCUGACCAGUCCAGUCCAACUCUGGGGAUCCUGGGGCUCAUUACCAUCGCGGCCAUCCCACUAAACGGGCCAGACCAUCCUCCCCCCAAAAGGGUAUCUGCGUCUCCCGUUUCCUCUGCCUCUCCGCCACCUCCCAGAGAGUUUCACUCAGACGUGUCCUCCUUGGAAGAGGCAUGUUCCGAGGAGAGGAUUUUGUCUAUCCUGAGGGUCAGUCUUCAAAAGUCUUCAAAGCUGUCCUCCAUGGUGGAUAAUAUCAUUACAGCGGUUAUAUAGACCCCACACGCUCAUCGGCCAGCUCGGGUUUUUCCUUUAGUAAGGUCCCAUCGCUCUCUCAAAUGUUUCCCCAACCACCAGGAUUUUGAUUCCUCUUUCCAAGGAGUGGAAUUUUCCUGAUAGACGUUUUGCCUUGCCAAAACGCUUAGACGUCCUUUAUCCAUUUCCGGAGGAUUUGACUAAAAAGUGGUCGUCCUCACCUAUAGUUGACCUGCCAGUAUUCCGCUUGGCAAAACAUAACACUUUGCCGAUGGCAGAUGGGGCUUCUUUCUCUGAUAUCGGGGCUAAAAAAUUUGAAUAUUUUGCUAAAUUUUCCUUUGAAGCAGUGGGCACAGCACUGCGACCGUUUUUAGCCUCUACAUGGGUGAGCAACACUAUGGGGGAGUGGGCAAAUAAUCUACUUUAGGGUCUUACCUCGGGGGAACUUUCCGAUAUUGCCCUGCAGCUCUCCCAUGCCAGUGCAUAUAUUUGUGAAGCCUCUAUGGACGCGGCCAGGCUUAUGGCCCACUCGUCAGCCCUUUUGGUGGCUAUUCGCCGUACCCUAUGGCUCUCCUGCUGAGAGGCAGAUAAUGCUUCAAAGUGGACCCUGACGGCCCUCCCCUUUACCGGCAGCAGACUUUUUGGUAAAUGCCUGGACAAGAUCAUUUCUGAUGUUACAGGUGGUAAGAGCACUCAUUUACCACAGAACAGGGUUCGUUUCAACAAGUAAAAACAUAAAGCUCUUUUUUUUGCCCCUUUCAGAGUUUUUCCAGCCCCAAGUGGCCAACCGACAAGUCUGCCACGGAUCAGAUGCACAAACCUUCCUUCAAACCUCACCCUUUCUCGCGUCCCUGUCAACAGGGCUCCAAGUCCUAUAAUCCCAAGACCUCCUCUGCAUGAUGUGCAGCUUCCAGUGCCCUCUGAUCAGGUGGGUGGCUGGCUUCAUCUGUUUCGUCAUGCUUGGCUGGCUCACAUCUCUGAUGCCUGGGUGAGAGAGGUCAUCACAGAGGGUUACAAGCUGGAAUUCAGGUCCUUCCCUUUUAUCCCGAUUUUAUCGCUUGUCUCCUCCUACCGCUCCCUCUGCCGCAAAUUCCUUUUUUCAGGCUAUUCACACACUGCUGCGGCAGGGCGUGAUCGUCCCGGUUCCUGUGCAAGACCGUUUUCGCGGGUUCUACUCCAAUCUCUUUGUGGUCCCCAAAAAGGAGGGGGCGUUCCGUCCCGUUCUGGACCUCAAGGCACUCAACCGCUUCCUUCGGCUCCGCCGCUUCCGGAUGGAGUCCCUGAGAUCGGUCAUUGCGUCCAUGGAACCGGGGGAGUACCUGUCCUCGAUAGACAUCAAGGACGCUUAUCUUCAUGUUCCCAUCUGCCUCAGCCACCAAAAAUGUCUCCGGUUCGCAGUUGGUCCCUUUCACUACCAGUUUGUGGCCCUCCCGUUUGGCCUGGCCACAGCUCCCAGAGUCUUUACAAAGAUUCUGGCGGCGGUCAUGGCCCUGCUCCAUGCCAAGGGAUAUAGUGGCAAUCCCUUACUUAGACGAUAUCCUGAUAAAGGGUCCGUCCUUCCGGGCAACGGCGGACAGCCUGCGCAUAGUCCUGGACACCCUGGAAUACUUUGGAUGGAUCCUUAACCGUCAGAAGUCAUGUCUUUAUCCAUCUCAGUGGCUAACCUCUCUGGGCAUGUUACUAGACACCUUUCAGGCCAAGAUACUCUUGCCCUCGGAGAAGCUAUCCACUCUGUCUUCAGAUUCCCCCCUUCUUGCGGCCCCGUCCUCUUCCCAUUCGUCACUGCAUGCAGGCUCUGGGUCACAUGGUCUCUGCCUUCAAAGCAGUUCCCUAUGCUCAGUUUCAUACCAGGACUCUUCAGCGAGCCAUUUUAACCAAUUGGGACCGUUCCCUAGCCUCCCUGGAUCGGCCCAUACGUCUCUCUGCCCCGAUCCGCCGAGCCCUCAUGUGGAGGUUGGUUUCCCCGAUGCUGAUGUUGGGCCGCUCUUUCCUUCCUCUCCGUUGGACGGUGCUGACAAUGGACGCAAGCCGGUGGUGGUGGGUGUUAGGAAAUCUAUCUGUUGAAGGUGUGCGGUCACGCGAGGAGCGCUCCCUUCCAAUCAACAUUCUGGAAUUGAGAGUGCUUCGUCUCUCUGCUGCAUUGGAUCGGCCAUCUCCGGGGACGUCCGGUUCUAGUUCAGUCCGACAACUCCACGGCUGUGGCGUACCUCAAUCACCAGGGUGGUGCCCAGCAGCCAUGACAGAAACGGCUCUGAUUCUCAGCUGGGCAGAGAGCCAUGUUCCAGCUCUGUCGGCAGUUCACAUCCCCGGCGUCGACAACUGGAUCGCCGAGUUCCUCAGCCGGGAGCGUCUCGAUCCCAGCGAAAUGGGCUCUUCACCCGUAAGUUUUUCUAGCCAUCUGCGAGCGAUGGGGUCGGCCGGACGUGGAUCUCAUGGCCUCCCGCUCCAACCACAAGGUCAAGAACUUUGUUUGCGGUCUAGGGAUCCCAUGGCCCUCACGUGCGACACCCUAGUGAUUCCGUGGAGUCAGUUCAUGUUUCCUUACGUGUUCCCUCCUCGUCCUCUCAUUCCGCGUCUCCCCGGAAGAUCAGGUCCGACAGUCUGCCUGUCAUUCUCGUGGCCUACGAUUGGCCACGCCAAGUGUGGCACGCAUCUCUAGUCACCCUCGCCGUCGAACCCUGGCAUCUUCCUCUUCAGGAGGACCUCUUGUCGAGGGACUGAUCUUCCACCCAAAUUUAGGGUCUCUACAUUUAACGGCAUGGCUGUUGAAGCCGCCGUACUAAGGGCUCGGGGUUUCUCUGAUGCUGUUGUCCAGACCAUGAUUCGUGCUAGAAAUCUGUUGUCUUCCCGAAUCUACCACCGGACCUGGAAGUCCUACUUUAGUUCGUGCGAGCAUCACCAGCUGUCUCCCAUUUGUUUAUCAUUGCCGUAACUUUUUUGUCUUUCCUGCAGUUGGGCAUGGACUGGCUGUCAGCUCCCUCAAAAGGCAAGUUUCGGCACUUUCCAUUAUUUUUCAGUGGAACUUUGCUUCGCUUUCUGCGCCCCUUUCCGUCCUCCGCUGAAUCAUUGGGAUCUUAAUCUAGUGCUCAGCGCUCUCCAGUCUUCACCGUUUGAGCCUUUGCAGCAGGUGUCGCUUCGCUUGCUGUCCUACAAGGUGGCCUUUUUAGUGGCAAUUACUUCCAUCCGUAGGGUGUCGGAACUCGCGGCCCUUUACUGUCGCCCUUCCUGAUCCUCCAUCAGGACAAAGUAGUCCUUCACCCUGUUAAGUUCUUCCUUUCGAAGAUUGUGUCGGCAUUCCAUCUCAAUGAAGAGAUCAUUCUCCCUUCAUUUUGUCCUGACCUGUCUCACCCUCGUGAGCAAUCGCUCCACACUCUGGAUUUGGUACGAGCUGUUCACAUCUAUCUGUCCCAGACAUAAUCUUUCCGGCGGACGGAUUCCUUCCAGAGGGGCCGAGACGAGGGCUGGCUGCGUCUAAAACUUCCAUUUCCCGAUGGAUUUGUUUGGUCAUUGUGGAAGCGUAUCGCGUCAGUGACUGGGCCCCACCCUUCCAGGUUACUGCUUAUUCUGCUCGAGGCAGUGUGGGCCUCUUGGGCAGUGCAUCAUGGGGCUUAAGCCCUUCAGGUAUGCAAGGCGGCUACCUGGUAGUCUUUGCACACCUUUUCCAAAUUUUACAGAGUACACACCUUUUGCGUCUUCUGACGCUUCUCUGGGGCGUAGAGUUUUGUAGACAGCGGUUCUCUGAUUGGCCAGAGGUUCUUGUUUAUGCCCACCCUUGGGAUUGCUCUGUAACGUCCUAUGGUCAAAGCCUGUGUCCCCCAAUGAUACAGAUGAGAAAAAAAGAUUUUACGGUAAGUACAAAAAUCUAGUUCUCUUCCAUUCAUUGGGGGACACAGCUCUCCCACCCGUUCUAUUUUAGAGGCCUUUUCUGGCCUGCGUGGUUCUGGGUUUGUUCAUAGUUUGGUUUUUCCUGGUUUUUGUCUUGCUACUGCUUUUGCACUGACUGAUUUAAGCUUAGUCCCUGUAGGAAGGAUAUAGCUGAAGGGAAGGAGCUCACACCUUUGUGUUUAGUGUCCGCCUCCUAGUGUCAACAGCUAUACCCAUAGUCAAGCCUAUGUCUCCCAAUAAACAGAAGAGAAACCGAUUUUACGGUAAGUACAAAAAUCUAGUUAUUUCUGUAAGAUAAUGAAAAUAAGAUAUGGCGACAAUUAUACCAAUGUAGGAAUCUCUUCACGUAAAUGAUUAAUUCUUGCAUUUUUAACAUUUUAUUACUAUAAAUCAGUACUUAAUUUGAAUUAAAGGUUUUAUUCGC